AUGGCUGUAGUUUUGGACCCCCAGGUUCAGGCUUCUCGAACACAAGAUGGGUUUCUAAUAGUGAAAUUGGAAGAUGAUUCCCACUGGCAUCAGAAAUCUUUCCUUCAUAGCAAUGACUAUGGCCCUGAGGCUUCCUGUCAGCGUUUCUGGCAGUUCCACUACCAGGAGGCAGCAGGACCACGGGAAGCUUUGAACCAGCUCCGUGAACUCUGUCAUCAGUGGUUGAGACCAGAGAAAUGCACAAAAGAGCAGAUUCUGGAGCUGCUGGUGCUUGAGCAGUUCCUGACUGUUCUUCCUAGAGAAAUCCAGACCUGGGUUAGAGAACAGCAUCCAGAGAAUGGAGAGGAGGCGGUGACCCUGGUGGAAAAUUUGCAAAGAGAACCUGGCAGAUCAGCGAUGAAGGAGCUGGUGACUUUUGGAGAUGUGGCCAUAUACUUCUCUCAGGAGGCACAAGGGCAGUUGGAUUCAGCUCCACAGGACCUCUGCCAAGAUCAAACUCAGGAGAAUGAUGAGAAUGGAGUCUCACAGAGAUUUCCAAUUCCCAGAACCAACAUGAUCUCCCAAUUAGAGCAAGGGGGGAAACUGCAGAACCCAGAUCUUCAAGGCUGUAAAGAGAAGGAAAACUCACGAGAUCCUCAAAUGGUUGGAGAACGAACAAAAAUUGGUCAGGCACCAGUAAUGAAAAAAAUCAAACACUGGGAAGAGCUGGAGCAUCAGGGCUUGGAUGAUGAAAAGGUGGCUGGUGUACACUGGGGCUAUGAGGAAACCAAAAUUUUCCUAGGGAUUCUUAGUGAGUCUUGGAUUUAUGAAAAACUCCGAACUUGUCACAGGAACCGUCAGGUAUACCGGAUUGUAGCUGAGCGACUUCGUGAACGAGGCUUCCUCCGGACUCUGGAACAAUGUCGAUAUAGAUUUAAAAACCUUCAGACAAACUACCGUAAAGCAAGAAGCACCCACACCCCAGGAACCUGCCCCUUCUAUGAGGAAAUGGAUGCUCUGAUGAGCCCUCGUGUUGCUGUCACUGCUCCAGAGGUGGAAGGGGAUCUUGGGCAGGGAGACCAUGAUAUUGAAAGUGAAGAACUGGAGAGGGAUAAUUGGGAACAUGAAGAGAUAGCAAUGGCAGGGGUUGUGCUAGAGGGUGGGUCCAGGGAGCUGGACCUGGGCCAUCCAGCAGCAUCUUUGGAAGAACUGCAUUCAGGAGCUAUAACAGAGGAUUCUGAUGGUGAGGAAUUGGGCAAUGAUGAACCGUCUGAAAGCCCUGGUACCCAAACCCUGUUUCGGAGUGCCACAGGAGUACACUGGGGUUAUGAAGAAACCAAGAUUUUUCUGGGGAUUCUCGGUGAACCUCGUAUUUAUGAAAAACUUCGGACCUGUCAUCGGAACCGUCAAGUGUACAGGAUUGUAGCUCAGCGACUUCGUGAAUGUGGCUUCCUCCGGACUUUGGAACAAUGUCGUUACAGAUUCAAAAACCUUCAGACACACUACCGAAAAGCAAGAAGUGGCCACACCCCAGAGACCUGCCCAUUUUAUGAGGAGAUGGAUGCCCUGAUGAGUCCAUGGACAGCCAUUGCACCGCUUGAUGUCCUAGAAAUGGCAGAGGGUCUUCUAAAGGGGAAAGUUGAAUCCAAGGAGAACACUGACUGUGAGAACCCAGAGAUAGUAACAGAAGUUGGCAACCAUGUGGAAGUGGAAGAACCACCAAAAGAGGUCAAAAGCUUUAAGUUAGAGACCGUCUUUAAGAAUUCCAGUGAACUUCCCAUUCCCAAACCAGAUUCUAACCCCAAGUCAGAAGUGGGAGAAGAGCUGCAGAAUGUCAAUUUUCAUGAUUUCAAGGAAAUUCAGAGAACUUCCCAUACAGAUUUUGAAAUGACUAGUAAGAAUGAAAAGAAUCCAAGCCAGGAAAUUUCUGAGGAAGUAGAACUACAUGCAACAUCACUAGAGAGCUCCAAAGGAAAUGCUUCUCAUUACCUUAAUUGGAAAAAAGCCCAAGAAGGUGAAUACAGAAGUGAAAGGCAAUGGGAAAUGCUUCCAGGAGAAGGACAAGGACCACCAUCUCCUCAGGAAAGAAAUUUAGGCAAUUUUAUAGGACUUCAGGGAACCUACAUAGGAGAAAACCCAAACACAUGUUCUGAAUGUGGAAAAAACUUCAGCCAGAGCUCACACCUUGCUGUACAUCGAUUAGCUCACAUUGGGGAGAAGAAAUUACAUGAUUGUGAGGAGUGUGGCAAGACCUUUAGUCGAAGUUCACAUCUUAUUUGCCACCAGAGAAUACACACAGGAGAGAAACCUUACAAAUGUCCUGAAUGUGGAAAAGGCUUCAGUGAUCACUCUAACCUCACAGCCCAUCAAAGAAUCCAUACAGGAGAAAAACCCUAUAAAUGUAGUGAGUGCUGGAAAAGCUUCAAUCAGAGCUCAAGCCUUAUUAUGCAUCAGAGAAUUCACACAGGAGAGAAACCUCAUAAAUGCAGUGAAUGCGGAAAAAGUUUCACCAAUAGCUCACAUUUCAAUGCUCACUGGCGGACUCAUACAGGUGAAAAACCUUACCAGUGUCCUGAAUGUGGGAAAAGAUUCAGUAAGAGUUCUACUCUCACUAGCCAUCAGAGAAUACAUACAGGAGAAAAACCUUAUGAAUGUCUUGAAUGUGGGAAAAGUUUCAGUGAUCGCUCAAAUCUCAUUACACAUCGACGAAUUCAUACAGGAGAGAGACCUUAUAAGUGUGGUGAGUGUGGGAAAAGCUUCAAUCAGAGUUCAAGCCUUAUUAUACACCAGAGAAUACACACAGGAGAAAAACCCUAUGAAUGUAAUGAAUGUGGGAGAAGGUUUAAUAACAGCUCACACUUUAGUGCACACCGGAGAACUCAUGUCGGAGAGAAACACUAGACUGGCACCAUAUGUUGAAGAAGUAUCAGUAAAAUCUUCAAGUUUCAAAUACCAGGUAAUCAACCCCAAAAGAAAAGCUUCUGUUACAUUUAAUUCUGUACCACACCUAAAAAAAGACUAUAGUAUUGAGGUUCAAGCUCAACUGUUCAACCCAACAGAAAUAAUGUUUCUGUUUUAUUAAAGUGUGCACUUGUCUUAGAAAAUAUUCUUCAGAAUUCUCUUUCAGACUGUGUUGAAGCUGAAAACAAGUUUCCAAAGCCAAUAGAAACCAGAGUUCUUUACUGGCUCAGUCAUCAUCUCACUGUAUGGCUCCUGUGUGACUGUGCCUUAGCUUCUACACCUCAAAUAUAGGAA